AAUUACCCGGAAAAAUGGCAGACCCUAAAUGACUUUGUGAUUAGUGAAUUGGCGUUUAUUCUUCCUAUACAAUGAGUUUUGUUACCACGGUAGUUCUAAUUCUUUUCGGAUUAUAUAUAGCUAACAGUUUUUAUGUUAUUUAUCACCUUUUUCACAUACCGAGCUGCCAGGGAGGCUCAAGGAAAUGUCUUCAACCGCAUGGAAUUAUUGACAAAGAGUUAGAGAUAUCAAUUUAUACAUCACUUGAAGAAAAUAUACAGAACAUUAACAAGAGAAAUUCUAAUUUUCUUUGGAAAAGUGAUAAUUUUAGUGUGUCAAACCAGUUCACAGUAUCAAUAAAUGCAAGUAUACCAAAUGAAACAAGAAACAAUGGAUCACUGUAUGCUCACAUAUUUGUUUAUCAAGUGGGAGCUUCCCCUUUUAAGAGUGAAUAGGUAUCACUUGCCUCAGCUCCUCUGACAGUGUAUUCACUUCCUCAAGAUGAAUCUAUUAACCUUCUUUCAGAGGAAAAUCUAAAGAAUGAGAUUCCAGUAACCCACUGGAAGCCCAUCCUGAAUUUUCAUGUUAUGAAUGAAAAAGUUGAAUUUGAGAGACAAGCCAUUCCCAGUGAGGUCUACCCUUUCAUCAGGUUAGCUCCUAACAGUCAAUACCUUCCUGUGUUAUACAUUGACCAGCUUGGCGUGAUUUAUAGAUAUCUUAAGCCUGUGAACAAAAGCAGCAGUGAGAUGAAACUAAAGAUAAACUACUCACCUAUAUCCCUUGGCAAGCUUCGCAUCUGGUCAUCAGUUCACCAUUCAUUAAAGUCAAUGAAGGAUUUAGGAUUUACAGACAAGGACUUGGAUGAUAUCAGAGGAAUUUUCACAGACACAAAUCUCUUUCUCCUGGCUCUCACCUUUGGAAUAACAGUUCUCCAUCUUCUGUUUGACUUUUUAGCCUUUAAGAAUGAUAUAAAUUACUGGAAACACAGAGACAGUAUGGUUGGCUUAUCAAUGAGAACAGUCAUUUGGCGAUGUGCGAGUACAUUCAUAAUCUUCUUGUACCUGAUGGACGAGAAAACAAGUCUACUUGUUCUUAUCCCAGCCGGGAUUGGUGUACUCAUUGAAGUUUGGAAGGUUACCAAAGCAUUUAAAGUCAAUAUCAAAUGGGAGAAAGGCGAAAGACCUUCAAUACAGUUUGGACAGCGGACGUCUAAAGAGAAAGAAACUGAGGAGUUUGAUAGCGAGGCUAUGCGAUAUAUUUCUUAUGUACUCUACCCUCUGGUGAUAGCUGUUGCUGUAUAUUCACUUCUGUACCAACCACAAAAAAGUUGGUAUUCCUGGAUUGUGCGCAGUCUUGUCAAUGGCGUCUAUGUGUUUGGUUUCCUGUUCAUGUUGCCUCAACUAUUUGUAAACUACAAGCUGAAGUCCGUGGCGCAUCUACCUUGGAGAGCUUUUAUGUACAAGGCGUUCAACACAUUCAUCGAUGAUGUGUUUGCUUUCAUCAUUGUGAUGCCAACCGCUCACCGUCUGGCCUGUUUCAGAGACGACGUUGUGUUCGUUAUUUAUCUCUACCAGAGAUGGUUGUACCCAGUCGAUAUGAAGAGAGUGAACGAGUUUGGUGUGUCAUACGAAGACCAGGGAGAAGAUAAACCCCAUAAAGACUAGCUGUUCCAUUAAUACUAUAACAGAUAAUUGUCGUAGUUAGCACAAAAUAAAAUGUAAACUUUUAAAACGGGAAAUUACACGGUGACAAAUGCUGCCACAGGAAACAUGGGUUAUUGUCGUCUCCACUGUCAAGUGGGUUCCCGGUAUCCUUCACUGCCGUUGUUUGACCUUGUCUCGCAACCUGCCCUCUUUCCCGCCAGGGGAGGGGUGGGCCUUGUGUGACAAGAAAUAAGAGAGAUUUGGAAAGAAGUAAGAAGCUUCCACACGUUCGUUCAAAGUGCAUAAAGGGGUUGCAAUGUGUGAUAUUUUUCAGGGGGAAUAUGUCCACAAUACGUGCACGGGCCUACAUUAGGAGUAUUUAAGACCCGAGGUUAAGCCUUGAAACAAUUAGGAUCCCCACCCAGACCUGGUUGAGGGGAAAAAGAGUCACCUCACCAAUCCACCCACACCCCUCCCUUGCUAUUACUACGACACUACAACAUUACUGUAGUAUCUGACAUGAGAAUAAAAUUGAGUAAGCGA